CUCGCGAAGACGCUGGCGAAGACGCUGGGUAGGUGUCAAAACGCUGCCGGUGACGCUGUACCAUUUACAAUACCUCUCGAUGAGCGUCACUUGGGCGUCACAGAGACACUACGCGCAUGCUCACCACCAUCUUAUUACAUGGAUAGAAAAGACUUGCUCCUUCUACUGCUAGUGUACCGUAGGCGCACUCGAAGGGCUCGGGAAGCUAGCCGCCGCCGCCGCCGAAAAUGGGUGAGAACCAUUUUUCAAAGAAGGAGAGAGCACGGGGACUAUCACAAUCUGCUAGCAGAAAUGAGGCUGCAGGAUGCAGAGAGUCAUUACCGCUUCUUGAGAAUGUCUAGGGAAACUUUUGAUGCUCUGGUAGCAAAGGUAGCUCCUGCUUUGAAAAGAAGAUCAUAUCAAAGCGUCUAUCGGCCGGAGAUCUCACCUGGAGAAAGAUUGGCUUUGACUUUACGUUACUUGGCCACUGGCAACUCCCAAGUGUCAGUUUCUUUCAGCUUCAGAGUUGGCCGUGCAACUGUUUGCCACAUCAUUCGAGAAACAUGUGCUGCACUGUGGCAAGUUCUUCAGCCUGAAUAUGUGAAAGGACCAUCAAGUGAAGAGGAUUGGAAGGGCAUUGCCAGAGAAUUUUCAAAGCUCUGGAAUUUCCCAAACUGUGUGGGAGCUAUUGAUGGCAAACACAUAUCUAUACAAGCUCCCGCUUCUUCGGGAUCAUCGUAUUACAAUUACAAGGGAGGACACUCAGUUGUUCUAAUGGCAGUGUGCGAUGCACAUUACAGGUUUAUUUUCGUCGACAUUGGAAAUUCUGGUCGACAUAGUGAUGGAGGUGUUCUUCAAAUUCAGAAUUUGGCAGAGCACUAGAUGCAGGC